AUGUCGUCUUCUCGGCCGAACCCACAUGCAACCUUCCAGAUUCCUGACCACAUCAGACGCCAUGUGAAUCCAUUCUAUGGCCGCAGGACUAAUGGGUGUGAUACCUGCGGCUUCAAGCCAGAAGGUAUCGCAAACCUAAGUCGUGAGCACGGCUUAAGGACCUGGACCGAUGCUUCCCUAUACUGCAACUUCUGUCAUCUCAUCGUCGCUCUGCAUGACGAGCUCAAGACAACGCACGCGAUAGAAUUUGCAGACCUUGACAAAGGCAAAAUUGCUGUGUACAGUCGCAACGCCCGCGACGGUCGCAAACAAUUCCUCCUGGGCCCCAAUAUGCCAGACAUGAACACGCCUCCGGCUGAACGGAAGACAAUCAUCUUUCACAACUAUCCCGAAAAAUGCCAGACUUCACACACCGAUUGCCCACCUUCCGAUCACCCUCUGCCGACCAGAGUCCUCGAUGUCACCGCCAAACCCCCAAAACUUGUCAUAACGGCAAACCUGUCACAAAGAGACGAAAAGUACAUUGCAUUAAGUCACUGCUGGGGACCAUCUCAGCCGCUUAGAACUCUGAAGACAAACAUCGGGCUGCACCAGGACGGAAUCGAUCUCAGCAGCAUGCCGCAAACCUUCAAAGACGCCAUCGCCGUGACGCGAUAUCUGGGCAUGCGAUACAUCUGGAUCGACUCUCUCUGCAUCGUGCAAGACGACGUUCUCGAUUGGGAGUACGAAGCCGCCAGGAUGGCUGACGUCUAUGGCUUCGCCUAUCUGGUUCUGGGCGCGUCGUCUGCGUCUGACGGCACGAAGGGCUUCCUGGGCCGCCGCAGUCAUAUCCGUGGCAGCGUGACGGUGCCGUAUUCAGCGAGCCCACGCAAAUCCAGCAAAAUUCACUAUCGGCCGGUGUUGGACCAUAGCAAGGCGCUGUUCUCGGCAAACUUUGACGGUCCAUUAUCUGAGCGAGGAUGGGCAUUCCAGGAGAGGGCCCUUGCCAAGCGUUUUGUUUCAUUCGGCGAAUUCGAGCUCCAAUGGGCUUGUCGCUCACUUGAAGACUGCGAAUGCGACGAAUUCGACCUCAGGAAAUCCCACGUAGGUAUAGAAGGUUCAAACAGCUGGAGGUCUAGGGGUUCGGUGGGAAUACACGCCAAAGAAGACAAAGCGUCGACGCAGGAUGCCCAUUAUUUCCAUCGUCAAUGGAGGAAAUCGGUUGUCACACCCUAUUCAGGGCGUAAGCUUACCUUCCAAGCGGACAAGCUGGUCGCUUUGUCGGCGAUCUCCCGAGUCUUCCAAGAGCGGGUGGACGACGAGUUCCUCGCAGGAUUGUGGAGAAGGGAACUAGUUCAUGAUCUAAGCUGGAACAGAUCUCGGUUAGAAGAGUCGGGGGGAUGCCUUGGUGCGCCGUCAUGGAGUUGGGCUUCCGUCGACGGUGCCGUUUCUUGGUGGAAAUCCUCUUUCGUUGAAAGUCUGAGACACACGGAACCGUGCCGAGUCAUCGAAGCGGAAUGCACUCCAGCCUCUGAGAUCAAUCGGUUUGGGUCUGUGGAAACCGGGCAAGUCAUCCUGGAAGGCCUUCUGAUCAAGGCCACGGCAAAGUAUCUCCACAAUUCACCGCCGUUGCAGGAGGGCCGGCACUACUUUUUGACUGAAUGGCCUGCUGGGGAGUUCUAUACAGACUCGUUUCUGGGGACUGCCGAUGUUGAGCUGAAUGGCGAGGUUGUCCGCACCUCUAUCCGAGGCACGCCUGCAAGUGCGCACUAUCGACAAGAAGAGGUUGAAUAUCCUAUCUGGUGUUUUCUUUUGACAACGGGGUACUUCGGACGCGAAGACAAGUAUGCCUAUGUGCUGGUUCUCGGGAGAUCGGUCUGCCAACCCAAGGUGUUUGAAAGAGUUGGGCUGAUGGUUCUCAAGUUGGGCAGGGAAUCAUUGCCGAGCUUCCUUUCGCCAGGCUUCUUUUCAACUUGGCGCAAUGAAAGAAUUACCAUCAUAUAG